AUGGAUCCUCAACAAAGAGAUCAAGCCAUUCGCCAGGGCCAGUCUGGACCAAUACCUUUCCCUCAGGAGGCACAGAGCAACCUGCAGAAUUUCCUAAAGGGGAAGCCAGUUAUUCUUGGGGUGAGCCAAAUCGUGAUUGGCCUAAUGAAUAUUUACCUGUGGAUUAUGGUAAAAGUCUUCCUUUCAUUCUAUGAACGAUAUCUAGUCCCAGGGAACACUGCAUAUUUCUUCAUUUUCCUUUUGGGACCAAUUUUUUUAAUCAUAUCUGGAACUGUGUCUAUUGUGUCUGGAAAGAAGACAACAAAACAGAUGAUCUGUGGCAGCGUUGGAGCAAACACUGUGGCGGCCGUAUCAACAGGAUUGUCACUAAUGAUCCUUGCACUCAGAAUGACCCUAUCCUAUUACUUCUUAAGCAUAUCAGUUCAUUAUUUCAUAACUGGGAUUUUGUUUAUGAAUCUCGCCCUCAUCAUCUUGGGAUUCAUCAUCUCGGUGUUGCUGUCUGCAUUUGGAUGCAGUGCUGUCUGCUGUGAUAUGACCUCAGUGGUUGUCGACUUAUCCUCCAAUGAGCGUGGACUUCCCAUAGCUGCUCUUUAUCCUGACUAUGAUGAGGUGGCUUUCUAA